GUUCGUGUAGAGGCUUUUUUCCGUAAGGACACUUGAACGCAGCAUUACGGUUUAGCGUCAUGACGUCAUCCCCCGUUAAACCCUCCUUCUGCGCGUGCACGGCUCCAGUCUUGAAGCUCAGUCAUCAUGGCGUCUUUAUCCAUGGCCCCCGUCAACAUCUUCAGACAUGGAGCUGAUGAAGAGAAAGCUGAAACUGCACGACUGUCCUCCUUCAUCGGCGCCAUCGCCAUCGGAGACCUGGUGAAGAGCACCCUGGGUCCAAAGGGCAUGGACAAGAUCCUGCUCAGCGCAGGGAAAUCUGGAUCAGUGACGGUGACCAACGACGGCGCCACCAUCCUGAAGGCCAUCGGCGUCGACAACCCUGCUGCCAAAGUUCUGGUUGACAUGUCCAAAGUUCAGGAUGACGAGGUUGGAGAUGGAACAACGUCGGUCACCGUGUUGGCGGCCGAGCUACUGAGGGAGGCAGAACUCCUGAUCGCCAAGAAGAUUCACCCACAGACCAUCAUCUCUGGCUGGAGGAAGGCGACUCAGGUGGCCCGAGAUGCCCUGAGAGAAGCAGCCGUUGACCACAGCAACGAUAUCCCUCGUUUCCACGAGGACCUGAUGAACAUCUCCCGUACUACGCUGUCCUCCAAACUCCUGACCCACCAUAAAGACCACUUCUCACGCCUGGCUGUGGACGCCGUCCUGAGGCUGAAGGGCUCUGGUAACCUGGAGGCCAUCCACAUCAUCAAGAAACUGGGCGGCAGCCUGACCGACUCGUACCUGGAUGAAGGUUUCCUGUUGGACAAGAAGAUCGGCGUCAACCAACCCAAGAGGGUGGAGAACGCCAAAAUCCUCAUCGCCAACACUGGCAUGGACACGGACAAGAUCAAGAUCUUUGGCUCCAGAGUUCGUGUGGACUCCAUGGCCAAGGUGGCGGAGAUCGAACAGGCAGAGAAGGAGAAGAUGAAAGAGAAAGUUGACCGGAUCCUGAAACACGGCAUCAACUGUUUCAUCAACAGACAGCUGAUCUAUAAUUACCCAGAGCAGCUCUUCGCUCAGGCCGGGGUCAUGGCCAUCGAACACGCCGACUUUGCCGGCGUCGAACGCCUGGCGCUGGUCACCGGUGGAGAGAUCACCUCCACCUUCGACCACCCGGAGCUGGUCACUCUGGGUCACUGCAAACUGAUCGAGGAGGUGAUGAUCGGGGAGGACUUGCUCAUCCACUUCUCUGGAGUGGCCAUGGGUGAGGCCUGCACCAUCAUCCUGCGCGGAGCCACUCAGCAGAUUCUGGACGAGGCCGAGCGUUCGCUGCACGACGCGCUGUGUGUGUUAGCGCAGACCGUGAAGGAGCCGCGGACCGUCUACGGAGGAGGCUGCUCUGAGAUGCUGAUGGCUAAAGUGGUGACGGACCUGGCCAAUCGGACGCCAGGGAAGGAGGCGGUGGCCAUGGAGUCGUUUGCCAGAGCCCUGGCCAUGCUUCCCACCAUCAUCGCCGACAACGCUGGCUACGACAGCGCCGACCUGGUGGCUCAGCUCAGAGCUGCGCACCAGGAGAGCAAGAACACGAUUGGACUGAACAUGACUGAAGGCACCGUAGGCGACAUGUCAGAGCUGGGAGUCACGGAGUCGUUCCAGGUGAAGCGUCAGGUGCUGCUGAGCGCCUCCGAGGCUGCGGAGAUGAUCCUGAGAGUUGAUGACAUCAUCAGAGCUGCUCCCAGGAAAAGAGUUCCAGACCAUCACCCCUGCUAGAAGACCUUCAGGAGAGGAAGUGGAAAAGGGGGCGGGGCUACAGUUUGGUUAUUUAUCACCUGAUCGUGUGUGUUUCCUUUGUUGUCAAAGGUCAAGCAGAGCUGACCUCAGGGCUCCUGCUCCUUAAACAGAACAGCUGUGAUGGUCAGUGGUUCUUAGUUAGGCUAAUGUUAGCACGAGCUAAUGCUACGCUGCUGUACUUUAAUGUUAGCACGAGCUAAUGCUACGCUGCUGUACUUUGUUGUACUGAAAUAAAAAAAUGAAUAAACAAAAUUGAACCAGA